GAGGCACGCCUGGCGGGAGAUCGCGUCUCUUAAGGCCAGCGCGCUCUAGGUCGGGGGCGGGCCUGCGGUGAAAACGUGGGAAAGGUAUGAGUUGUUGGCUGACGGUUUGGGGACCGCGUCUUUGGCGUCUGUUAUUAUCUGCGGAGGCAUCUUAAAUUUCCUAAGCGGGUGCCCUGGCAGUUAUGUCCUGGAACAACGCACUGUAGUGAGAUUCAGGAUAGCCUGUUUUCUUAAGCCUUACAUCCUAUGUCUUACCUCUCUGCAUCUACUGGCUUGUAGAUGGUGAAUGAAAGCAGCUAUAGCCCACUGCUGUGGCUAAGCAAGUCUGCCAGAAAGCUUGAAGAGGAGCCUCAGCUGCCCUUUACAGAGCAAAAGCAUCCUCUGAGUAGCUAAAGCUUGGACUUCCAAGUAAGGCAUCCAUGCGGAGAUCAUCCUGAUUCUGUUGACAUCCUGAAGUGAUGCUCAAUGCCAGGAAAUCUCUUCAGUCUUUAAAUUUAUCUGUCAAGAGAGUAUGGCCCUGCACAGCAGAAGGUGACAUCUUGAGUGGUGAUUUCCUCAUUCCAGGGCCCAUGUCUACUUAAAUACCAACUACCAGACAUCCUGAAGCUUCAGGUGAGAGGGCUAAUAAUGGGAUUGAUCAUACGAUAUGCUACAGCACCAACUGAUAUUGAAAGUGGAACUGUGUAUGAUUGUGGAAAACUGGCCUUCAGUCCAUCAACUCUGCUGAUUAAUAUCACUGACCAAGUUUAUGAAUAUAAAUACAAGAGAGAAAUAAGCCAACAUAACAUCAAUCCUCACCAAGGCAAUGCUAUCCUUGAAAAGAUGACAUUUGAUCCAGAAAUCUUCUUCAAUGUUUUACUGCCACCAAUUAUAUUUCAUGCAGGAUAUAGCCUGAAGAAGAGACACUUUUUUCAAAACUUAGGAUCUAUUUUAACAUAUGCCUUCUUGGGAACUGCCAUCUCCUGUAUCGUCAUAGGGUUAAUUAUGUAUGGCUUUGUGAAAGCUAUGGUAUAUGCUGGCCAGUUGAAAAAUGGAGACUUCCAUUUCACCGACUGUUUGUUUUUUGGUUCACUGAUGUCUGCUACAGAUCCAGUGACUGUGCUGGCCAUUUUCCAUGAACUGCACGUCGACCCUGACCUAUACACACUCCUGUUUGGGGAGAGUGUGUUGAAUGAUGCAGUGGCCAUUGUCCUUACAUAUUCUAUAUCCAUUUACAGUCCCAAGGAGAAUCCAAAUGCGUUUGAUGCUGCAGCAUUCUUCCAGUCCGUGGGGAAUUUCCUGGGGAUCUUCGCUGGCUCGUUUGCAAUGGGGUCUGCAUAUGCUGUUGUCACAGCACUGUUGACCAAAUUUACCAAGCUGUGUGAGUUCCCUAUGCUGGAAACAGGCCUGUUUUUCCUCCUGUCUUGGAGCGCCUUCCUGUCUGCUGAGGCUGCCGGCCUGACAGGAAUAGUCGCUGUUCUUUUCUGUGGAGUCACCCAGGCACAUUAUACCUACAACAAUCUGUCAUUGGAUUCCAAAACGAGGACUAAACAGCUGUUUGAAUUUAUGAACUUCUUGGCUGAGAAUGUCAUCUUCUGUUACAUGGGCCUGGCGCUGUUCACGUUCCAGAAUCAUAUCUUUAAUGCUCUUUUUAUACUCGGAGCCUUUCUGGCAAUUUUUCUGGCCAGAGCCUGCAACAUAUACCCCCUCUCCUUCCUCCUGAAUCUGGGCCGAAAACAGAAGAUCCCCUGGAAUUUUCAGCACAUGAUGAUGUUUUCAGGUUUGAGAGGAGCAAUAGCAUUUGCCCUAGCUAUUCGGGACACAGAAUCUCAGCCCAAACAAAUGAUGUUUACCACCACGCUGCUCCUUGUGUUCUUCACAGUCUGGGUAUUUGGAGGAGGAACAACCCCCAUGCUGACUUGGCUUCAGAUCAGAGUUGGUGUGGAUCUGGAUGAAGAUCUGAAGGAGCCCACCUCACACCAGGAAGCAAAUAACUUGGAUAAAAACACAACCAAAACAGAGAGUGCUUGGCUCUUCAGAAUGUGGUACAGCUUUGACCACAAAUAUCUGAAACCAAUUUUAACCCACUCUGGUCCUCCGUUGACCACCACGUUACCUGAAUGGUGCGGGCCAAUUUCCCGGCUGCUCACCAGUCCGCAGGCCUAUGGGGAGCAGCUAAAAGAGGAAGAUGUAGAAUGCAUUGUGAAUCAGGACGAACUGGCCAUGAGUUACCAGGAGCAAGCCACCUCGCCCUGCAGUCCUCCUGCAGGGCUGGGUCUGGACCAGAAAGCUUCACCGCAGACUCCAAGCAAAGACAACAUUUACGAGGGGGAUCUCGGCCUAGGAGGCUACGAACUCAAGCUUGAGCAGACUCCGGGUCAGUCCCAGCUGAAUUAGUGGUGAACAGUGCAGACGUAAUCACAAGUAAUGCCAGGCUCACUGAGAGAUACAAGCCAAGCUGGGGAGGCAGCAUGGGGAAUAGAAGCUGGAAAAUGCAGUAAGAGCACAAAUUGAAGAGAAUCAAAACCUUGUCACAAGUAUCCUCUGGUGCCUAAAGAAAUGAGAAUUUAUUAUCACCCCUCUCUAUUUUGCAACUGAAUUUAAGUUUUAGACAGCAGCCAUUUUUAUUAGCGACUUGGGUGGGGUGGGAAGGGCAGAGAAGCGAGGGAGUCAGGAGUCUCGCUGCUGUUAAGGGAGGAACAGAUACCCUUGUGUCUGAGGGGUUUCCGUUCAGUAGGCAGCUCUCCAGGCCUUCGCUUCAAUUUUGGAUUUCAUUCCCUUCAUUAGGGAGAGUUUAAAAAUAAGGAAAAAAGUUUCUGAGCAUAAACAUCUGGCUUCUAAGCUGGAGGCUAUGCCAAGUUAUUUAGUACCUGAUUAUUUGUAUAUUAAUAAAGACCUAGACUCCCACGUGCCCUUAAUGACCUCAGGGCUAUUUGCAAAGCCCAGACAAGGGAUCGAUACCACUGCUGAUGGCCUCACAGAAGCCGUGCCGUGUGGCGACCCACUGUUCUCAUGGGCAUUCUUGUCAAGCUGCUUCUCCCAUGGAAUGAAUCAAAGGGUUAGUUCCAGCUGGGUGUACCCUGCGCUAAAUGCAGCUCCGUUUUCCAACUUGGUAGGACCCUUCCAGGAAGAGCAGUUUUCUUUUCUCCAUACUAUAUUUUACCUGAAGAACAAGGCUCCCCGUCCUUGCUUGCAUUUGAGUCACUCCUUAGCCCUGUGGCAGGUCCCCUCUGUACGCUGAGUAAUGAGAUUCCACAGCACAGGUUGUUCUCCACGUGGCAGGAGACAGUGCAGGAGUCCCAACCCGUCUUCCAGACCCAACACCCACAGCUGAUUAGCAAGAGCAGAAGCUAGAGGAGCAGAGCCGAUGAUGCAUAGACCAUACUGAAGACUCAAGGAUGCAGCCUGGGGACUCCUCUUACAAGAUAUGGCUCAUAGCCCAUGACAGACAGACCGACACAAUAGCUUUUAAUUCAGCUGCAUGAUCUGUGCCUUUUAAGCCAUAAAGAUACCUCAAGCCUAGCUUCUCUUGAAAUACAGAUGUUAAUAUUAGACUCCGAAAAAGCAGGCUCUAGUCUUAGGUGCCCAGGCUAUGAUGGGUCUGUUUCUGAAGGAGGUAGGGGAUGUCUUCCUCAGGCCCAAAGCUUGAAAAUAACAUAUGCUUUGCUAACCAGUUGUUAGGCUAUUAACCAUGGUGGUGUCAGACACACUGCUACAUAUAUUGAUUUUCUUCCAAACAGUAGGAUCCAGGGGCACAAACUGUUUUAUACUCAGCUAAGUAUAAUCUGGUCAUUCCGGGUAAAUAUGCAAAUGGCAAAGCAUGAAGUUUUCUAUUUGACCUAAUCCUAAUAAACUUUUGUCAUAAAGUA